GAAAAGCUUGGUCAGUUGUAGCGCCGACUCAGCUCGAAGUUGUGUAGUUUAAAGGCACAUCACUGUACAAAAUAGACGCACGUUUUUUCCGUAUUAAGUAACGUAGAGAGCAGUAAGAUUUUGCGUAGAGACAACGCGAGAAAAUUCAUACGAGGAUGCCACGCAUUCAGUCAGCAUACUGGGGGAAAUUCGUAUUCGUAUAUAUUUUACAAUUAUUUUCAUAUGCAACUUGCACGGUGCAUGUACGACUGAUAGCACCCAACUACGUAACAUACAACAGCACAGCUACUCUGCAUUGCGAUCAUAGUGUCCCAGAUGCUUACUUGCAUAAAGUCGAGUUCAUGAAGGAUGACAAGAAGAUAUUACAAUACAUAAAGGACAGGAAACCGCCGUUCAAGGACUGGAAAAUAGAGGGCGCAAACAUGAAGCGCUUUGAAAAUGGCACGACAAUCAAAUUAGAGAAUGUCCGUUACGAGGCAUCCGGCUUGUAUAGCUGUGAAGUUUCGAUGUCGACUCCUAUUUAUAGCCAGACUUCGGAAAGCGUUCCAAUGAAAGUUAUAGUUCCACAGACUGAAAACCCAAAAAUAACGUUCAAGAAAAGCAUGUACGUGGUCGGUGAAAGUUUAGAGGCAAACUGCACCUCCUCGGCUGCGCAUCCAGUUCCUUACUUGACUUGGUACAUAAACGGCAAGGAGGUGGAUAUUAGUCUGGUAAACUAUUAUCCUCACACGUAUCACGAACACCAGCUGAUGUCGGCUACUGCAAAGCUAACGAUAGAAGUAUCCGCGUUGCAUACAGGGGAGAAUGGUUACUUGGAAAUCAGUUGCUAUUCAACUAUUCCUGAAUACCCAUUACACCACGUGCAGUACGCUGAUGUUAGGAUGGAAUCGGUUUCAGUGCAAAUUAUACCCGCACCGAUCGCCGAGUCCUCAGCACCAAAUGUCGCGCGGGGGUGGCCUCUAGCUACAUUACUGUGCAUACUCUGCGCGAUGCACAAGAUCAUUCCUUAAUAAAAGUCAAUUGCUAUAGGAUAAUUAAAACAAGAGAAAAAGAAAGAAAUUAAACAAAGGAGAAGGAAAAA